UACCAAUAGGAAUCAAUAAUGCAUUGAGGGAGUCAAGGGAAGCGGGAAGAGAUAAAGGCGUGUUGUGGAGAAGGAAAGAUAGGUGAUCAGGGAAGAAGAGAGACCAUGUAGUAUGUAUAUAUUAUGUGUUGUUGUUUUUCAGACUGGUCUUAUUUGGGAUAGCACGGGAUCUGACAUCAGAUGAAGUUAAACAGGCCAAGUUCUAUUUUAAAGACAUAAUAGGGAAAAAAAAGCUGGAAACAAUCAGAAAUGCUUUUGAUUUGUUGACCAUUCUGGAACAGGUCAUGCCUGAUAAUAUUAUUGACAAACUGAAGAGUUGUCUGACUCAGAUUGGACGGAAUGAUCUCCUGCAAGACCUUCCUGACUACAAGGCUUCUGCAGGUGCCUCUAGAAGAUCUGUACAGGACGUUCGCCAGGACUCUGAACAUGCCGCGCAACGCCCAAUUCUGGUGGAGAAGCACCUGCUGGUUCUGAUGGAAAGAAAGCCACAACUAAAGAUCCAUUUCACGGUUCUCUUGGCAAAAGCCAACCAAGGUAUAGAUGUCGAAAAAGCCAGUGAUAUGGAUCUGCUCAACCUGAGCUGCUGCAUCUGUUUUCGCUUAAUUGCCACCAAUGGAACGGGCUUCAGAGUGGGUGAUAGAUGCAUUAUGACAGCUGCGCAUGUCCUUAAAGAGGCUCUUGGAAUACCACAGGAAGAGAUGCAAAGGAUAUGGGACGCGGAUCCUGCCGAACAGUUACAACGUUUCAAAUGGUGUGUUCAAAAAUUUAGGUUCAACUGAAGUUCGUGCACAUUUCACCCAUGGGCGAGAGUGUGACUUCAUCCUCACGACUUUGCGAUAUGUUGAUAUAAAUUUGGAUACGGCUGUGGUAGAACUAGCACCUCGGGAUAACAACCCAUUUCCACAAGCAUUAACACGUUUCUACAGCGACUAUGAAGGCAGGUUCAGCUUAAUAGGCCAUCUAGGGUAUAAGGAGCUGUACAUAGAACACAACUGCUGCACCGUCACGAAGAGGACGGACUUUACAGGAUGAAACAAGAAUUGGGGAAUAAUGGAAUCCCGUCUGAACGUCUGGAAGUCUAUGACAGUUUUGAAAAGACCCUUCCUUUCUUCAGUUCCACUGCUCCUUCAGUCAUGGAGGGUCAGGGUCACCAGGUGUUAUCGUGCACAAUGGUGAAGUCCGUGUAGUCACCAUGUUACGAGCAGGAUACCCCGAAAUCCCAUUGAAUAUACCUAUAUAGACCCUACACUUCGUGUAGAACAGGGUGUUACCAUGACAGCUAUUUGUGAAAAUAUAAAGGGCACAGAUGAACAGCUCCACAAGGACAUAUUUGGUUGACACUGAUGUAAGGGAUUGGGCAUUUCCUCAGUGCUAUCAUGUGCUGACUCUGGUGACUGCAGAAAUCUCUGCUGCAACGUGUUAUGUUGUUUAGCGCAGUAAGAAUAAAACACUCAGUACAGUUCAGUUCAGUACAUUUUAGACCAUGUGUGAGUGAGCGAAUAUGUUUUACGCCGCUUUUACCAAUAUUCCAGCUCUAUUACGGCAGCGGACAGCAUAAAUGGGUUUCACACACAUUGUGUCCUAUGGGGAAUCGAACCCCUGGUUUUCGGCGUGACGAGCGAACUCUUUAUCCACUAGGCUACCCCACCGUCCCAAAUGUCGAGUUAGAGCAAGGCCUCCUUUCACAAAGCACUAAUGUGAUCUUAAGUCACUAGGGUAAGCUUAGUGCAGUAUUAAAGAAUGGGAGUUAAGGUUAACCUUAGUAAAGGUUGCUUUGUGAAAGGAGCCCCAGAUGCUGCUGUAACUCGUGCUUGUCUUAUAAGUAUCGACUAUAAUGGUGAUUCAUGUCAAGGUUUUGUCGCGAUGGUAAUUGUGUGUGAUUGUGCUCAGAGCGCGUGGGACGUGAUCAUUUUAUCAACCAUAGGUUUAACCUGCCUCGACACUAACACAGCAAUCAAACUCGCGGUCACGUGACAAUGAUGGCGGCACGCAUGAAAUCGCUCUCGGAUUAAAUGCUGAAAACGAGGUGAACUAAGUAGCACUCUAUUCGAAAA